AUGGUGAACGUACCAAAACAACGUAGGACUUACUGCAAGAAAUGCAAGGUCCACAAAGUACACAAAGUUUCACAAUACAAAAAGUCCAAGGAAAGGCACGCCGCUCAGGGUAGGAGACGUUAUGACCGCAAACAACAGGGUUACGGUGGUCAGUCCAAACCCAUCUUCAAGAAGAAGGCGAAAACCACCAAAAAGAUCGUACUGCGUCUCGAGUGCGCCGACUGCAAGGUUCGUUCACAAGUGGCCCUGAAGCGCUGCAAGCACUUCGAACUCGGAGGAGACAAGAAGAGGAAGGGACAGAUGAUUCAGUUCUAA